CACAACAAGCCGAGCUGCAGCAGCACUGCUCAGAGCGCCGCGAGCGUCCUACGUCCCGCGCUUCGUCCUGGAACAACCUUAACAAAUGCCGGGAAAAGCAGAAACCAUGAAGAAACAAACGUAUUUUCCUCUUUUUCUGCCACUUCUCUCCGCCAGUUUGAUCUUCGGGACCAUUUCCACUGUAAACGGUGAUUACUGUGAGGUGAAUGUCUGCAGUAAUGGGGGAACCUGUGUAACGGGAGCAGGAAGUCCAUUCAUCUGCAUCUGCCCUGAUGGUUUCACCGGAGAGACUUGCAAUGAAACUGAGACUGGGCCCUGUAACCCCAACCCAUGCAAGAAUGAUGCCAUCUGCGAGGUGACGGGCCAAUCCCGCCGAGGCGACGUCUUCAGCGAAUAUGUCUGCAAGUGCCAGCCGGGCUUUGACGGAGUCCACUGCCAGAACAGUGUCACAGGGGCAGACUUAAGUGCAAAAGAAGAUGUGAACGACUGCGCUGGCCAGCCGUGUCAGAAUGGUGGCUCCUGCAGGGACCUGGAUGGAGAUUUCAACUGUCGGUGCCCCUCCCCCUAUGUGGGCAAACACUGCCAGCUCCGCUGUAUAUCCCUGCUGGGCAUGGAAGGAGGUGGAAUUGCUGAGUCCCAGAUCACAGCCUCGUCCGUCCACUAUGGCCUCCUGGGCUUGCAGCGCUGGGGCCCUGAGCUGGCCCGCCUCCACAACAAGGGCCUGGUCAACGCCUGGACUGCCGCUGCACACGACAGGAACCCGUGGAUAGAGAUCAACAUGCAGAGGAAGAUGCGCUUUACAGGCAUUGUGACGCAGGGCGCCAGCCGUAUGGGAUCAGCAGAAUUCAUCAAGGCCUUCAAGGUGGCCUCCAGCCUGGACGGCAGGACCUACACCAUGUAUAGACCAGACGGAGACAGGAAGGAUCAUGUUUUUGUUGGGAAUGUGGACAAUGACGGCACCAAGACCAACCUGUUUGACCCACCAAUCAUCGCCCAGUACAUCCGCAUCAUCCCUGUAGUGUGUCGCAAGGCCUGCACCCUGCGCAUGGAGCUGGUGGGCUGUGAGCUCAAUGUGUAUUCAAACACGGCAGGUUGUUCGGAGCCAAUGGGCCUGAAGUCACGGUUGGUGUCGGACCGCCAGAUUUCUGCUUCCAGUACAUUCCGCACCUGGGGCAUCGAGGCCUUCACCUGGCACCCGCAUUACGCCCGUCUGGACAAGCAGGGCAAGACCAACGCCUGGACCGCCGCCACCAACAACCGAUCGGAAUGGCUGCAGGUUGACUUGGAGUCUCCCAAGAGGAUCACAGGGAUUAUCACCCAGGGGGCCAAGGACUUCGGCAACAUCCAGUUUAUCAGCGCCUUCAAAGUGGCUCACAGCAACGACGGACAGUCCUGGACUAUAGUGAAGGAUGACACCACCAAAACCGACAGGAUCUUCCCCGGCAACAGCGACAACAACGUCCACAAAAAGAACGUGUUUGAGCCGCCAUUCUACGCCCGCUACAUCCGUGUCCUGCCGUGGGCAUGGCACGAGCGCAUCACCCUGCGAAUGGAGCUUUUGGGCUGUGAUGAGUAGCGUCACCUUCUAUUCCUCCCCUCUUCCUUUACCUUCUCCCGUCACCCUAUUACCCCUCCUCUUCUCUCUCCCUCCCCUUCUCCUCCUGAGCCACGCCUGCACUGCCUUGUUCUCAGCUCUAGGGGGCAGCAAACACCAGAGUAGCACACCGCCACCCUGACCCUGGCUGGUUUGAGGUGGGAGAAGUUACCCCUAACCGCUGUCACUGGGGCCCUGGUUGAGUCAAACCCAUAUGCAUUCCUUCUUGAUUCACUUCCUGACUGGAUCACUCAUCUUUUUGGUUAGAAUGAGCGCUGUGCGAAGGUAACACCACUCUGGUUACAAUAGUCUGUGAUCACUCGGGAAAGAUAAGAGGAAGCAUACACAUCUGACCCUGUGCUGAGCCAGGGUCACAUUUUGUCCCACCUGGUGUCUAGUUCAAAGGUGGUGAGUCUCUGAUCUCAGGUCAGAGGUUAGGGGUAACAGGACUACUGCUGUGUCAGUUGGUGUUGUCUGGACUCUGAACCCGGAUCACUUCUACCUGGGACAUUUGAACGUCCAAGACCCACAGCUUGUGAUGUACAUAAGCUCCAUUAACUAGCUUGCACAUGUUCUACACUUUAUGUCCCCUCAAGAGACACAGAAUCCAAGCAUAUAUUGAUAAAUUUGGGUUUUGGUUGUUUAUUUUUCCUCGCAUAUUAGUCAGUCAGCACGUCACCAAGCAUAAUUCAACUUUCUGGCACAUAACCUUGCUGUCCUCAUUAAAACUGGAGGAUGGCAUUCCUGUGGAAUGCUCGAAAGUCACUUUUAAGGUAGCGUAAAGACAAGUGUCUUUUGAGGAAAAAUAACAGACAAAAUAUUCAAAGUCUAGAGGUUGCCCUCUAUCGAUAGCUGUGUGUGGUAUUCCUAGUAUUUCCCUGCAGUGGUUUGGACAGAAAUAAUCCUCAGUUCAUAUUUGACUUGUUCUUUUUCUGUGGUUGAACUGCUUAAUAUGGAAACAAUCACAGGUUGACCCUUGUAUUCAGUAACCUUUAGGUAAAAAAAUGUACAUACAUAUAUAUGUUUAGCAGCCAAUAACAUAUGAGCUAAGAUCCCUCUUAUUUCUUUUUCCCCUAUCCAUACGCCCUCAAAAUCAGGGUAAUGUCAUCGAUUCAUUCUGUGCCAACUGGACCUCCGGUUUUUAUUGUGUCUUUGUGUAAUUGUGUGUAAUUUGAAAGACACAGAAUGGAUUCAGACAAAAUAAAAAUUGGACAGAGACACAGGACAAACACAAUAAAUCUCCAUGAAUGUGGGACAUAAUUGGUUAAUGAGCCAUCACAGUCAUUUCGGGGCAUUUAGAGGACACUGGUACAGAGUGAGCUCUAAAGAUUGGCACCACAAGGCUGAAAUGUUGCUCCUAAUUGCACUUGAGGCAAGAAAAAAUGCUGAGAUUUAAUUAUACUGUUAAGUCAUGGAUUGAUUUUUACAUUAUCCAUCCAAAAAAUAUUCUUUAAUGUGGUUUUCAGUAACUAAUGUAUUAAAUGCUUACCUCAUCCAGCUAAAAAUGUUACUUCCAGCCAGUUAAUCGUAACAUCACUGACAAUACUUUUACACAGUCAUUUACGAUUUUAUUGUAUGAUGUUAUGGGCUUUAUUAAAUUUAGCUUUAUUACAUUAAAGGGGGUGACUGCAUUAUUAGCAUGUACUGUGUUAUUGGCUGCUACAGAUUUUCAAGAGGUGGGUUAUUUAGACAAUUGUGAAGUUUAUGGUGUUGGUUGACUAGGUCGGUAAAUUGCAGUAAGUGUCUCAUUAAUGAGUCUUGUUUUCUUCAUGCUGCUUCAAAUAGAGUGUUUAGGGGAAGAAGCAUGCAUUGAAAUGUGUAGGAUUUGUGAUUCUCAAAGCCACUUCUUUAGGACAGUUUGAUCGAUUUCUUGCAUAUAGGUUCCUUGAUGUUAUCUGUCAUUCUUGUUUUUUUCAAGAACAACAGCAGUGAAUAGAUGAUCAAAGUAAAGCAUAUAUUACUAAUUUACAAAUGUUGCAAACUCCGAGAUUAAAAGUAGUGAAUAGACUGAUGGAUGUUACUGUCUCAGGUCAAGGCGGAUCUGCUCACAGCGUAUAUGCUACUGAAGUGCUUGUCAUUAUUAUGCACCACAGACUCGUAUUUACUUCACUUGGUUGUGUUUUCACUUGUAUUUACCCAGUUUCAUUUUUUUUUUUUUACUGGCAUUUGUUAAAUCUGAUGUUUUCAUUUUGACAUUUGGAAAACAGGGAAACCAAAAACAGUAUUUUACAUGGAAGAACAAAUGGUAAAUAUAUGAAUGAGUUACUAUGGAAAAAAGACUUCAGUUUCUUUGUUCACUCUGUAUAGAAAAUCACUGUAGGUUAAACAGAAAUGUAAUGGAAAAAUCCCUCUAUUCAGCAGUCUGGUGUUAUCUUUUGAUGUACAUAUAUACCAUACUUUUUUAUAGUAAUGUGUUCAAAUGGUUAAAUGUAAAUGUUUGCAGUUGACACAACCAUUGCCAUCCAUUUUGGUUCCAAAAUUAUGCAUCCGAUUCAAAGCUGCGGCCCUGCUGAUAAGGCUGCAAGAGAGAAACCAAAUUAAAAAUGAUUUAUACGCUUCCACUGCACAUGUGACACGACCUGCCAUAUCACCCGCUCCUGUCGCCCCAGUCACAGUAUUCUAAAAACCUUCUCCACCCCAUGAAUUAUGAAUUAUGGGCUUGUGCAAUAUUAAAUUGUAUUAGUUUUGAUGAGAAUGAAUAUUAAUUCUAUGUAGGUUGCUGCAAAACAGGCAACAUAGUUAGAAAUGCAUGGGCGAUAGCAGUGCCACUGGUUGUGGAUGGAUGCUAGUGUCAAACACUGUACAAUAUUUAUUAUUGUUGCAGAUGGUUCCAGAAGCGGUUACCUAUGUUAUUGAAGUCUGCAUGAGUUGUAUUUAGUAAUUUCUCAGUUUCAGUUGAAUUGAUUUGGACUUAGUGGUGACAUAACUUCUUUUUCUCCUUUUUCCAGCCGUUCAUCAACAUUGAAGUUAUUGUAGAUAUCUCGUUUCCCUCUUGUUCAGGUCAGGUUUUCUAUGAUUGAUCCAAAAAAAAAAAAAAAAAAAAAGAAAGAAAAUGUGUUUUUAAGGUAUUAUGAGAGUUAAUUUCUUGCUAUA